CUCGUGGAUGUGGACUGGAGCUCGUGCCGCUGCGCUGAGCUGGGUGGAAAUACGGUAAACCUGUCGUUAGCUUUAGGCUACGUGAGCUUUAGCAGGUCAUACGCGACAGAAUAUAGAUUUACGGGAGUAUCGAGAGGACCUAGAACUUGAACGACGUUAUAUAAGCUCGAGUGGGUGCAAAAAUAAGGCGAAAGAUUCACUGUUUGGACGCAGGCUAACUGGCUAAGUGAGCCGUCGGCAAGACCCACCACCCAAAGAUUGAAACGGAGAUUAAAGCCAUCAUCUAAUCUAUUAAAGAGGAUAAGCAGUGUCACACACACCAAUCCUCUAAAGCAGCGACGCCAAUGAACUGACAGGUGGAUUUUAUUUCCAUUCUUUCCAGCACACCCACUGAAAGGCCCCAUCACUGGAAGAGUGCGUGCUUACUCUGUGUUUGAGUGAGCGUAUGGUCAGCUGAAAGAGGAGAUAACGCCACAGAGUCAGUGAAGAAAGCGUAGGCAUGGCUCAAGGCACUCCCUUGAGGCCACUUCCCCCUGAGGUCCUUAUGUAAUGCCUCCUCAUCUGUUAUUAGACCGCAGCUGGGCCUCAUACACUCACACGUACACAUUUGAGGAAGUCUCUGAAGUCUCCCUGGGGAGAAGUUGAACUCUUGUCCAUUGUUUUCUCUUUGACCCCCUCUUCCUUCAAUGUUCACAUACUCACCUGUGAAUGCCAGGAUUCCUCUGAGCUCUAAAGUCUUCAUUUCGGAAUCGCUCCACUGACCUGGAUCAGUUCCCAGGCGUGUGCAAGCUAAGUGCUGCUCUUUUCACCUGUUUUUGUCUCUGUGCAGGCUUCAUCAAGAGAGGUGUUUUAGCUGGAGCAUUCCUCUCAUUUUAUGCCUCUUGUCUCAAACAGCGAGAAUUUGAUCUAAUCAGCCAUGCAGGUGUAAGCCUGUUUACUUGUGACGAUACUGGCCCGGCGUUCGUAACUAACCUGUGGAUCAGCAAUGCUUCGACUCAGGAGAGAGACUCUUGAGAUUUCUUUUCUUAAGGUGCAGUGUAGUGCACUGGUUGGUUGAAAUGAAGGAAAGACAUUUUUACAUUUUCUGAUAGUGUGGAUGGUGGGGGGAAACCGUUAACGGUUGAUUCCGUCGGAUUUCUUCGUUGUCAUUGCUCCCUUCAAAACUGACCUACACCAAGAGUGAGAAAAAUCCUCCUGUCCCACUUUUUGUCUUUUGCUGUCUUUUUUUUUUCUUUCUUUGUUUCUUCUUUUUUUUUUUUUUUUCCAAAUCCCAACUUACAGCAAAAAAAAUUUAAAGACAUUAACCGACUACAGUGCUACUUGUCAAAACAUUAAACAUCAACAAUAUUUUAUAAAUAAUUGUCAGCAUCCAAAAAGAAAAAAGAUAAUUCAUACCCAUUGCUCUCCUCUACCUCUUAUUUUAUACAGUAACACCAAAUCUUUUUCAUAAGGCAAACAUAAAAAGAUUUAAGAGUUGAACUUGUUGGACCCAAUUAUUAUUGCUUUUUAAAGCAGUUCCCAUAUUCCUUUUUGUGGCACUUUUUCUUAAGCCUUUUGAAAUCAAAUUGGUUUGUGUUUUUAAUAAUUCUUUUAAAAGACCAAAAAUAUUUAGACUUUAAAGAUUGAGCAUUUUUUGUUAAAUGAUUAAAUAAUUUAUAAGCCAGAGCAUCCAAAUAUCAGAAACCUUAACUCAGUUACUACUUUUUUUUUUUUUUUUUUUUUAAUCCUUUUUUAAAAUCAUUUUCAACUUUGAGAAUUAGUUUUUGGGGUUUUUUUGCUAUUGAAACAAUGCUCAUCUUGUGGCCUUUUUUAAUGAUGCUAAAAGGACAAGGACUUCUCCCCUAGUCUUUCUCAACAACACAAACACAUUCACGAACGGAUAAUUUUCCGGGGCGCGCUGCCAUCCUGCCCCCUGGGUGAUGCCGAGCGGCAGCAUGAGUGGGGGCGUGUCUGGACCCACGUCCCCACCCCACCCCACUGUUCCAUCCAGACCUCUCCGACCUAGUCGCUACGUGCCGGUCUCUGCAGCAACGGCCUUCUUAGUCGGAGCAACCACCCUCUUCUUCUGCUUCACGUGCCCUUGGCUUUCAGAGCAGUUUUCUGUGGCUGUGCCAAUAUACAAUGGCAUUAUGUUUCUGUUUGUUCUGGCCAACUUCUGUAUGGCCACUUUUAUGGAUCCUGGCAUCUUCCCUAGAGCUGAGGAAGAUGAGGAUAAAGAGGAUGAUUUCCGGGCUCCUCUUUACAAGACUGUGGAGAUCCGAGGCAUUCAGGUGCGGAUGAAGUGGUGCUCCACCUGCCGUUUCUACAGACCCCCACGUUGCUCACACUGCUCUGUGUGCGACAACUGUGUUGAGGAUUUUGAUCAUCACUGUCCGUGGGUCAACAACUGCAUUGGCCGGAGGAAUUACCGUUAUUUCUUCCUGUUCCUGCUCUCCUUGACGGCUCACAUAAUGGGCGUCUUUGGCUUCGGCCUGCUUUUCAUUCUCUACCACACCCAGCAGCUGGACAGAGUGCAUUCGGCUGUCACUAUGGCUGUCAUGUGUGUUGCUGGGCUUUUCUUCAUCCCAGUAGCAGGUCUCACUGGUUUCCACGUCGUUCUGGUGGCAAGAGGCAGGACCACCAAUGAGCAGGUAACAGGGAAGUUCAGAGGAGGCGUGAAUCCCUUUACAAACGGCUGCUUUAGGAACGUCUCACACGUUCUGUGCAGCUCACAGGCACCCAGGUAUCUGGGUAGAAAAAGGAAGGCUCAGACGGUGUCUGUUCAGCCUCCUUUCCUCCGACCGCAGCUUACUGAGGCUCAACUGGCAGCCAAGGUGCUCGACAACGGAAUUCAAGGAGACUUGCACCGGUCUAAGAGCAGUUUGAUGGAGAGUCAGUCGGCUGACGCCGAGCCUCCACCUCCACCUAAACCGGAACUCAGAUAUCCUGGGCUGUCGCGAGGACCUGCCGGACACUCUGAGGAGAGUAGUUUGUUGAAUAAAGCCCCACCCACUCCCACCAUGUUCAAGUACAGGCCCACCUACAGCAGCCCGGGCAAGAACCACACUGCCCUCACACAUGCCUAUGCCAACCAGAUGAGUCGUGGGGACAGUCUUAAAGAGUCCUCUUCUUCUCUCCUCCAGUCCAGUCAGCAGCCAGGCUAUCGCUCUGAGCCCAGUCUGGAUGGGCGCGAUGGGGGUGGAGUGGAGCGAAGCGGGCCAGAGCGAACAGGCGGGGGUCCUGGAGGACCUCCAGGCUCAGGGAUCACAGGAUACGCCCUAGGAGGGCGUUCGUAUCCCUCGUUUUCUGAUCCCACAGUUCUUGCCGGAGGCUCGCGGUCCUCCAGCGUUCGCUCUUCCCACAAUGCCCCGCCAUCUGAAGCAACCACCUCCACCAGCUACAAGAGCUUAGCCAAUCAGACGCCACCGCAGGCCCCUCGGAACGGCAGUCUGUCGUACGAUAGUCUGCUCACACCUUCCGAAAGCCCAGAUUUUGAGUCGGCAGCACCUGAGAUGUCACCGGGCCGACCGCGCACGCCUGUAGUUGGAUACAGUUCGCCCUUCCUGUCGGCGCAGAUCGCCCAACAACGGGAGGCGGAGCUCCACCAGCCGUCUGCCUCCAGCACCGCCCUCCUUGCCUCCCCGCAGCACGCCGGCUACCUACGUGGCUCCACCUCCUCUCCGCCCGCUCCGCCUGAACGAGAGCGGGAACGCCUGCUGCACGACUCUCAGCCGCCCCAUCAUCACCACCACCACCAUCAUCAUCAUCACCAUCACCAUCGGCCGCCCCGCUUCUCUCGACCCCCUCUGCUCUCUGACUCGGGCCCAUCUCAGCCCUCAUAUCCGUACCGCACUCGCUCCACUGACACGCCCUUGCCGCCCACCACUCACCCUCCACGCUCGCCGCACCCCCCGCCGCUGGGGAAGUCUCUGUCUUACUCUAGCGCUGCCGCUGCAGAGAUGCAGUACCGCCUGGUCCGCAAAGCCUCGGCCUCGGUCGGGGGAGGGGGCAUACAGGCGCCAAAGGACGAGAUACAGAUGAAAUCGUAUAGUCGGACAAACGGGCAGCCAAAGCCGCCUUCCACCCCCUCGUCCCCCUCUCAUCCUGUCAGCGUGUCCAUGCGCCCAGGUCAGGCGUAUUCCAGUGCCGGCUCUUCUCAGAGCCCCGCCCACAAGCCUGGAGGCGGGGUGAAGAAGGUGACGGGCGUCGGAGGGACCACUUAUGAGAUAUCAGUGUGAGAGACGAGCCGUCUUGACCCGUGUUGUCAAGAAUGAAGCCACGGACUCAUUUUGUUCACCGACGCAGCAGAAAAAAAUCUGUUUGCCGGACAUUUAUUGAUGCCUACAGGAAAGAUCUUAAAACUUCUAUUCAAAAUUGAAGCAAAUCUCUGCUGUUAUGUUUUUUUGAAAAGGAAAUAAUGCUGACCAGCAGGUUUUGGUUGGAUAUGACAUAGAGGAGGAGGAGGAGGAGGAGGAGCAGGGGGGUCAUUCAAGCCGUGACAUAGUAGGACUUCAGGACUCCUCACCAGUAAGGAGCUGUGACGGCUGAAGGACCGGAUUGCCUUGAAAACAUUUCAGUACAUAACGACGACAAAAAAAAAAAAGAUUUUUAUCAAAGAGAAAUGUGUAAAUUGUUGUGUAUAGAGAAAAAAUGAUCACAGUUUUUUUUUUUUUUUUGUUUUUUUUCCGGAGUGGAAUUUGAUUUUUACAAAAAAAGGGGACCUGUGGCAUUCAGUAGCCAUUUCAGACCACUGUGAUUGGCAUGCGACAAUGUUGCGUCUGUAUCCAAUCAGCACCAGGGGAGCAAAACGGUAGAAAAGAUAAGGAAAUGGACUAAUGCAUUAUUUAAAUGACAGCAGCCUUUUCAAGUGCAAGUAGUGUUUUCUGAGCAAUGGCCUUGGAAAUUCAAGCAAGUUUUUAUUUAAUUUUUAAAGUGUUAUUUUAUAUGACUUUAUAAAUGGUUAUUGAUAAGAUCAAAAUGUUUUUUUUUUCUACAAAGGCUGAUAUUUGUUCUCUACGGACUUUUAUCUAAUCAAACGGAGGGAUAAAGAGCUGAUGGCCACUUUAGCCGGAAAAUGAUCAGCCGAUAAUCAAAGGGUUAAUCGUAGCAUAAUAAUGCAUUUGAUAUGGUGGCGUCCAAUAUGUGGGACAUAUUUCAAAACUUAUCCUGUAAACAUUGAUUGGCUGCCUCUUAGAUAUAAUUUUUUUGUUUGUUUUAUUAAUAAGUGAGAGCCAAAUCUCACUGGUGGCCUUGACUAGUCAGCCAUGUAGGAUUUAAAGCUUCCUGCGAUGCCACAGAAUGGUGGGUGAUCAUAUCAGUGCCCUCUGAUUGGAUAGCGGUUGAGCCAAUCAGUGGAUGUUAGCUGUCAUUUUGAAUCAGUGAAAGCCUUUUAUUUUUAAUUAUUUAAUUCUAUUGCAUUCGAGAAGAUUGUGACAUUGUGCAGGACUCAUUUCAAUCAUCGUCUGUCUUGUCAGGGGUGUUGAUCGACAUUUAGAACAGAGUUGGCCAAUCAGGGGACAGAAUGUGUUUGCAAUGAAAAUACUUAUAGGAAUAUUUUGGAUCAGAAGAUGGACUGAGGGAAGGGAGGGAAAGAAAGAAAAGAACGUGUACUGUAUAGUUCGGUGUGAGUGAAUAUGGUUGUGAAUAUGUGUAUGCGUGUGUGCGUGUUUGAGCAUUGGUAAUAAACUCUUUAUAAAUCA